UUGAAACCCUAUCCCUAAAUGCCUUUGGGAGGUGAUGAGGUCCUGAGAGCGGAGCGGUCAGAAUUAGGAUUCGCGCCUUUGCAAGAAGAGACAGGCCGGAGCGCGCUCCCUCUGCCUUCCCCUAUGUGAGCACACCGCAAGACAGCCGUCCGCAAACCAGGAAGCCAGCCCUCACCAGACACUGCAUCCCCUGGCGCCUUGAUCUUGGACUUCCAGCCUCCAGAAUUGUGCAAAAUGACAAAAUGCAGCUUGGCGGGCCCCACGCUUGUUUAAAGGAGAGUGACGUUCCUGGGAUUAGUUACAUUCACCUUUCAUCGGUAUGAGCUGUGAGGAGAAGCCCGCCUCGCUGUGCAGCUCGCGGCCUAGCCCAGGAAUUCAGGGCUGGGAAAAUCGAGCCUAGUCAUCCCACCUGGCGACCACAGCGGAUCUGGGACCCCGGCUCCAGCCGCACCGGCAGCAGCUGACCACGUGACGGGCGCAGUUCCAUGGAUCAAACACAGAGAGGAAUCCUGGGCCAGCCCCUGCUGGUCCCCACCACCCAGCCCAAGAAGAAAAGGACGUCAAUGAUGUCCUUCUUUUCCAAGGUCUCUUGGACACUGAGGUUUCAGAAGCGGGAGUCUCUGAAGAAUGUGUUCUCCAUCUUGGCAGAAAGAGCCCUGGACCCCAAUGCUAAAAAGCGUCACAUGGCAAUGAGAGGCCUGGGAACCAUGGCCUGUGAGACGCCAGACAAGGUGAGAAAGUACAAGAAAAUUGUCCUAGAUCUGCUGGUGCAUGGCCUGUACGACCCUGUGAGUGCUGAAGUCAUCCACGAGAGCAUGAAGACUCUGACCAUCAUCUUGGGCAAGAUCCAGGGGAAAAGUCUGGGCUCUUUCUUCGUAGACAUCACUCUUCAGACCAGGACUUUGUUAGAUGACGAGAAUGACAACCUGAGAUAUUCAGCCUUCGUCUUGUUUGGGCAACUGGCGGCCUAUGCCGGGCGGAAAUGGAAGACAUUUUUCACCAGUCAGGUCAAGCAGACUCAAGAUUCCCUCCUGAUACAUUUACAGGACAGAAAUCCCCAGGUUGCCAAGGCUUGCAAAACAACAUUUCGAGCCUGUUCUCCAUAUCUGAAAGAAAGAAAGGAAAACAGCUUCCAGACUGAAGAAGAUCAAAGGAACCCUAAACUCUGCCGGCAGCUGAGCCACUAUCAUCCAGAGCUCCUGCAGUUCCUCUAUGCAAAUAAGAUUCUGUAAACACAGAGCAGCAGGGAAAUUGUUCCAGUGAGCACCUUGCUGGGGGGCUGAUAUCCCCCCUCUUUUAACUCCUCGGAUUCUUCUGCUUGCCUCUUGGGAUUGUAAUAGAAAAUGGGAUGCUGGGAGAACAAUUAAUGGCAAUUGCAUGGAAUUGUAUGAUUCUAUCCAAAGUAAAUUCUAAAUUGCUUUUAUGUAUCUCUUUUCCUCCCCAUACAAAUUUGAUGAGAAGGUACAUGCUUUGUUUAAAACAUUGAAAGUAUAUGUAGAUUCAGUACUUAUUGCUCAACUUUUUCCUUAAGUUCAUCUGUUACCUUUUUUUUUAUUUUAUUUUUAAUUUCUGAGGUUCAGGAGAAUAUUACCUUAAGUUGUUAUGUUUUUUUUUUUUUUUAAAUCUGCCAUUGAUACUUUGCAAUUUGUUAUGGAUACCUUUUAUUGGCAGGACCUAUUUAAAAUUGGCCAAGGGACCAAGAAGGGGGUUUGGAGAGUAUCUUUAGCGUCUCAUAAUCUUCAACAGUCAUUGCCUACAAGAUCAUUCCAAACACAAAUUAAUAAAGAGAAAGAAAAAUCUGUAAAGCAUGUGCUGAAAAACCUCAGGGUAAUAGUAAUGUAUGGAAUAAUAAGUAACAUUUAUGGAAAAUGUUUAUUGGACACUAAGCGCUUUGCAAGUAUUAUUUAAUACUUACAACAACCCUAUAAGAAAGAUACUAUUAUUAUCCUCAUUUUCCAGGUGAGAAAACUAAGGCACAGGGAAAUUAACUAGCUUGCCCCAGAUGACCUGGUGAGUGAUGGAGCCGGAAUUCCAGCCCAGGCAGUCUGACUUCUGGAGCCUAUAUUCAAUCACCAUGUGAUUCUGCUUCAAUGUGGAGUAAUUGACAGAUAGCUAGAAACAUAAAAAAAAAAAAAAAAAAUUAAAAACUCCCUCAGCUUCUGCUCUAUUCAACUCAAUUACUUUUUGCUUUUAUAUGUACUAAAUACAC